AUGGCGACGCCAUUAACUAAUGAGGCUACGACAGCGAUAUCCACGAGGCUCGACUCCGAGGCCGACCCAUGGUUGAUUGCUCGGGACAGGUAUCUGUUGAGCCUUACACCCGAAGAAAGAGUGAUCUUUCAGCAAGCAACUGUUGAGAAUCUUUACUUUGAGACUUCAGUCAUCAACUCCUCCGAUCAGCAAUCCUCCAAGGUCCGCAAAGCUAUUGAGGCUGUGCAGCCUCUCAUCGAAAAGAUAGAAAGUUAUGGCAAGGCUAUGGACGUGUUUGCUAACAUGUCGACAACAAUCUUGUCGCCAAUCUGGGGAAGUAUCAGAGUGGUCCUCGUCCUUGCUGGGAAUGUCGGACGACUUUUCGAGAGAUUUAGUGAAUGUUUAGGAAGAAUUGGAGACAUCCUCCCUCGGCUUCUCGACUACCAGCGAGUCUUCUCGCUCUUGAGGUAUCCUCGACUCAAGGAGUCCUUAGCGACCAUGUAUCUGGACAUUAUCGAAGUUUGUAUGGACUUCAAAAUGAUGAUAAAGAACCAACAGCAAAACAUCUUGAAGCGCCUCAUGCCCUCAUCAAGCAUUGAACAACGUUUCAAGGAAGCCGAAAAGAGGUUUAGGGCUCAUCGAAAAAUUGUCGAGAAAGAGGCCGAGACAUGCCACAUGAUUGAAGAGGGAGAAGCUCGAGACUUGGUCCUCAGGGACAGACAAUUGCAAUAA